UACGUUACAUCUAUAAAAAUCAAGCAAAAUUUUAUUACAUUAGUGAAUUGAAUUCGAAAAGAGUGAAAAAUCUAACUUGAAAGAAUUUUUAAGUGAUGGACGCAAUAUCCUCUGGCACUCUUCAGUCACCGUCAACUUUCUCCGAGAGUUCGAAGACAGGAAGUAGCAGAUCAGGGACCAGCACAGCUAAUACAGAAAAAGAUAGGGAUCUAACGAAGGACAAUGUCGCAUCUCCCAUCGAUCUGGAAUGCCACAUCCAAACGGAGCGCAUCACUAAAAUCCUGGACGAAGCCAUAUACAAAACCAAGCUAGCACUGUGUCUCCCAAAGCUCGUUCAAGAGUACCGGACACUCACCUCUGUGCUGUCCAGGCAACAUAUGGAUGAUCUGACCUUUAUAUUCGAACAAUAUGAUAAUCCUUUGUUCUCGACCAGUCUACUGAAUAUGGCUGCCAUGGAAGACUUGAAAGCAGGUGAUAUUUCAUUGAAGAACCGUUUGAAUCCAGAAUUAGGACAUCUAUUGUACAUUAUGAAUAGUUAUCCAGCUCUCAAAGACAAAGUCGAAGAAAUGAUACAGGAGAUGAAAUUGGAGUAUGAAGAAACACGGGAGACCAAACCUGUCAAUGCUUUGGAGUAUUUAUUGACGUUCGAACACUUCCGCGAUCUGAUGGUAACACAAAUGAAUACCACUGCGGCGGAAGAAUUGGCCGCGAAAAUUAAUACAAGAAAACUAGAAGCUUCCAAUGAAAAAUUGAUUGGGAAAAUUAAAGAAUAUUCGACUUCGUUGAAAGAAGAAAGUGAGCGGUUUGAAGAGACGUUGGCAUUGAAGUCGGAUAUAAUCGAUAAACUGGAGCAUGAACUGGCACUUCUCAAUCAAGACGCUAACAUUAAACUAAAAAAGAAAAUAUUGGAUUCAGAUCGUCAAAUGGUGCUCGCUACUAGAGCUCAUGCAGUCAAGAAUGAAAUGCUUAAAGAGGAAGAGAUAGAAGUCCGAGAGGCAUACGAGUCAUUGUUGAGAACGCAUUUGAUAGACGAAAAAAAUCAAAGAGCUCGAAGGUUCAAAGUGGAAACUCAGCUUCUGUCGUGGCUUCAAAAAUAUGAUUUGGAAAUGGGCGACAAGCAAGUGGAAUUAGACGAGUUUACAGAGAAAUAUGAAGAUGAAGUGCAAAAAUGCGAAGAACUCGAGGCGAAACUGGCAGAACAAGACAAAGAGUACAUUCCCUUAAUGGCGGAGCGCGAGGCAGAAUAUCACCAAGAGAUGAUGGAGAAGAUGACAAAGUUCUUGAUCGAACACGCCGCGAGGGUCAUACAGUCCGCAUGGAGAGAGGUGCUGGCAAAUCGUGCAGAAAAGAAGCGGUUGAAAAAAUUGCAAAAGAAAAUGCAAGCGGCCACGGUCAUAGCAGAGAAGAAAGGUGGAGGAAAGAAAUAGAAUUAAAUAUAAAAUUUAAUUUUGUAAGCUUUUAUUGUUUCUUAAUUAAAUAUAACAUCAAUUUUAUAAUGUUCUAAUACUAGCCUAAUAUAAUUUAUUCACUAAUAAAAUAUUAGGUAAAUUAAACCAGCAUUCGAUAUAACAAUGGCACAUAUGCAUUAUGUAAAAAUUACAGAA